CCCAGGCUCUCCGUCUGCGUCUCGCGGUGCAGUCGAAGCUUGCUGGAUCGGUUGUUGCAGAGCCGCCAACGCCGCUGUUUUCCCUCCUGCUGCGCCAUGGACAUCGCCAUCCAGCACCCCUGGCUCCGCCGCCCCAUGGGCUUCCCUUCGCUCUUCCCGCCUCGCCUUUUCGACCAGAGGUUCGGCGAGGGGCUGAUGGAGAGCGACCUGCUCUCGGCUUCCCUCUGCCCCUACUACAUGCGCUUCCCCCCCAUGCAGAUGCCCAGCAUGCCGGACACGGGGCUGUCGGAGAUGAAACUGGACAAGGAUAAGUUCUCUGUCUUGCUGGAUGUCAAGCACUUUUCACCAGAAGAGAUACAUGUGAAGGUGGUAGGCGACUACAUUGAAGUACACGCCAAACACGAGGAACGUCCGGACGAACACGGCUACAUCUCCCGGGAGUUCCACCGUCGCUACACGAUCCCCAAGGGGGUCGAUCCGGCAGCUAUCGUCUCCGCCUUGUCUCCGGAGGGGGUGCUCUCCAUCACUGCCCCCACUAAAACCCCCGCAUUGGAACGGAGCAUUCCCAUCACUCGCCAAGAGAAGCCAGCUGUCACUGGAAAAUGAGAGAGAAGCAGCCUGGCCCAGAAUUUUUCAUAUUCCCCCCCACACCCCCAUUAGAUACCAGCAUUGUGAGCUUGGACUCCCCUUGCUUGUAGGUACAAGGUUGUUCACCCUUAAGCCUUUAAGGAAGCGACGUUCCUUUCCUACCCUGCUAAUGGCUGCUGGGAUGCUGACAGCAAAGACUCUGUUGUCGUCAAAUUUCAGUCCAUCUACUGGAGAAGAAGGUGCCAUUUUCUUCCUCUGGCUAGAAACAUCUCUCUUCUUUUGCAGGCUUACUCUGUACCACUCUUCAUACUGAACUGACUUCCUUGUAUAAAUACCCAUUUGCAAUAAAGUGCUUUUUUGCUUAAGAGCCAAA